ACACACACAAACUGCACUUUUCCUCUUUCCUUUUCUUUUCUCUCAAAAGCGGCAACCAUAGUACCCGCCCUGGACUCAACAAAAUCAAAACCACAACCACAGAUUCAUAACUGCAAACCACUCUUCAUAGAUACAUACAUAUAUAAUAUAUUCAUUAUCCACGCACAGCACCACGCAACAAAGCAAAACAGUGUCACUUCUUUGGCGUGUUAAUGCAUCACCACCACAAUCCUCAGCUUCACUUCGGAAAAGAGAACUCCCCUCUCUCUUCUGAUGCAACGUCAACUCCACUCUCCUUCUCCCCCAACGCAAACCAAAACCAAAAUCAAACCCAUUUCUCAAUUCAAGUUUCACCCUCUUCGCACCAUCCACCACCACCAAACAUUCCCUGUCACCAUGAACGCUUCUCCGAUAACCCAUCUCAAACCUCACCCCACAAGAGACAACCGAUGAAAACCCUCCCUUUUCCUUUGUUCCCCGCACCCUUUGGCGCAAAGCUUCCAACUUCAAAGCUUCUUCCCCGUUUCCGUUUCCUCAUCUUCCUCCCCCUUCCCUCUCUCUACUUCCUCUUUUCAAACCCUAGCCCGUUGGAUUUCCUCUCCGUCAUCGCUUUUUCAGCAGCACUGUUAAUUUCCCUCAAUCUGGCGCUGUCGUUCUUCACUCGAUUGUUCCCCGCCAAGCUCUCUUCUCCUCCUUCUUCCUCUUCUCCUCACCCUGUGGUGUGGUCUAUAGGGUCGAAGCCGAAGCAAGUGAAGAAAUUGAGUUGGGGGUGUUGGGUGCAAGUUUAUAGCAAUGGGGACGUGUACGAGGGUGAAUUCGAGAAGGGGAAGUGUUGUGGGAGUGGGGUUUAUCACUAUCACAUGAAUGGGAGAUAUGAGGGGGAUUGGGUUGAUGGGAAGUAUGAUGGGUAUGGUGUUGAGACAUGGGCUAGAGGGAGCAGGUAUAGGGGGCAGUAUAGGGAGGGUUUGAGGCAUGGAAUGGGGAUCUAUAGAUUUUACAGUGGUGAUGUGUAUGGUGGUGAGUGGUCUAAUGGGCAGUGCCAUGGGUUUGGAGUCCACACUUGCAUUGAUGGCAGCCGCUAUGUUGGGGAGUUCAAAUGGGGUGUCAAACAUGGACUCGGACAGUAUCAUUUCAGAAAUGGGGACAUAUAUGCUGGAGAAUAUUUUGCAGACAAGAUGCAUGGUUUUGGAGUGUAUCAAUUUCAGAAUGGUCAUCGGUAUGAGGGCGCAUGGCAUGAAGGAAGAAGACAAGGUCUGGGAAUGUACACUUUCAGAAAUGGGGAAACAAAAUGUGGUCACUGGCAGAAUGGGAUUCUUGAUGAUCCUAAAGGACAUAAUAGUCCUACUGGCUCUCCAUGUGCUGUGGACCACGCCAAGUUUUUCAAUGCUGUACAGGAUGCACAUAAUGCUGCCGAGAAAGCUUACAACAUGGCAAAGGUGGAUGAAGGGGUGAAUAAAGUAGUGGCUGCAGCUAAUAAAGCAGCAAACGCAGCCAGAGUUGCUGCAGUAAAGGCUGUGCAAAAUAGGAUGCACCAUAAUAAUAAUAAUAAUGAUAAUGAUAAAUGAUACUACCACAUUUCCUCAUCUUGUGAUGAUAGAAAAGUGUAUCGUCUCAGUGUCACACUAUCAUAGGCUUGCCGUUUGCAUGCCAUUCAUUAUUAGAUAUGAAAAAGCUAAGGAAGCAGAAUGAAUGCAAGGAAGGAGAAUCAUAAAGAUGUGCAAUGCUACUAUUGAGAUCUUCUCUGAAAUUUGAUUGCCACUUGAGAGGUGUAUCCAUUUCUUGUAUUGUGGUACAGCUGCGAGGUGCCUGCUUGGAACCACUUUCUGUCAUUGAACUAGAUGGCAGAUUCUGGAGCAAACAGGUUCCUCACUUUUGGUGGCUUCUUUUAUGUGUAUAAGAAGAGUAAGAACAAUAGAGUAGAGUUACAACGUGUAAGGCAAAAGUGCCAAAAAGAUAGAAUAGGGUUUACAUGUUGGCUUCUUGUCAUAAACUUGUUAUCUGGGUGCAGUUAUAAAGUUGCCCACCAGCUAAUGCUGUAUGUGUUUGAUGAAAAUAUGAAGUUUUAGAAAGCUCAA